AAGGAAAGGAUAAAGUACACAACACAAAAACCACGCCGCCUCAGUUUCUUAAGCCCCACGCCUCCUUUAUAAAUACUGUCCUUCACUCUUUCACCUUCUCAUCCCAAUACUACAGCUCUCUAGCUCUCUCUCUCUCUCUCUGUGAAAACAACAAUGGCGUCGUCUUCAACAAGCGUGGUGGUGAGUAACAAGGAGAAGGAGAACACGAAGAAGGUGAUCCUGAAAAGCUCAGACGGCGAGUCCUUUGAGGUGGACGAGAGCGUGGCUACGGAGUCACAGACCAUAAAGCACAUAAUCGAAGAUGGCUGCGCCGACAAUGAGAUACCAUUGCCAAACGUCACGAGUGGCAUUCUUUCACGGGUCAUCGAGUACUGCAAGAAGCACAAAGAGGCUGCUGGCGAGUCUGAGCCCUCUGUGACCCCUUACACUUCCAACAGUACCACCGACCCACUCGCUGAAUGGGACACUGAGUUCGUCAAGGUUGAUCAGAACACUCUCUUCGACCUCAUUCUGGCGGCCAACUAUUUGAACAUUAAGGGGCUGUUGGACUUGACUUGCAAGACUGUGGCAGACAUGAUGAAGGGAAAGACUCCAGAAGAGAUUCGCGAGACAUUCCACAUCAAGAAUGAUUACACUCCAGAAGAAGAAGCAGAGGUUCGGAAGGAGAACCAAUGGGCAUUUGAGUGAUAUAUAGAAUUGCCCUUCCAUCAAGGAAUUCUGAUACAAUGAUAGGGUUUGGUUUUGGUUUUGUCUCAACUCUCAAGUAGUAAUAGGCUGAGGACAUUAGGAUGGGGAAAUAUUUUUGGUACAAAGCACAUACAACUGGUCCUUGCAUCGAGAAUCACUCAGGCCAAUUAUUUUAUAUUCUAUGCUUUGGUGCGUUGUCUUAAUCCUGCAAAUUUUUCAGCAUUCUCUUAGCCUGUACUUGAACAAAAAGAUUGAAAUUUUGGAUUAAAAACUAAACCUGGAA